GUAAAUCGCUACUGUUCGGAAGUAGUCUCCAACAUUAGCUCUGAUACCAGUGGGUCACGAAACUCGACACCAAGGACGGGCCGCCGUAAUUUUCACUCUGUUAACACAACACCAGUGGAGGUAAUAGAUUUGCUGAACGUGGACGAUUCAUAUCGUAGAACUGCAGUUAAUCGGGUACCAGAAGCAGUGAUCGACUUGUGUACUCCGCACAGACCAAACAUCCCAACAGCAACGAUUGAUUUGGAUGACUCCGAUAUUGUCCCUACCAGUCGGCGUCGUAACCAUGCUAGCUCCAGUACUCCCACUACAGCUAGGGCUGUGUCGGUUAUCGACGACUGCGGUCCGUCGAGUCCGAAGCGCAAGGCCAAAGCCCAAAACGUGUCUACGGAUGAUGUCUACAAGUGCCCCGUUUGUUUGGAAAGCGUACGCCAACGAGAGCCAUCGUCGACCAAAUGUGGCCACGUUUUUUGUCGCCAGUGCAUCCAAACUGCCAUAAGCACCACACACAAAUGUCCAAUGUGUAACAAGAAAUUGAGCAUGCGCCAAACAACACGUAUUUAUUUGUAAACCAUUAUUUCGAUAUAUAUUACCAAUUACCACCAAUGCUCUGCGAGUCAGCUGGGCUUCACACUGAAUUUGCAUUGUUUAGUUUUAGCUCUGAAAGUAGCUUCAUUAUAAUAUGUUAUAGACAGCAAACAAAUGUUCGUAGUUGUCAUUUUCUUAAGUUAUUUUGUAUUCCCUUAUAAUUAGAUGUACUGAAUAAUCCAAAAAAUUUCCUUUGUCGUA